UAAGUAUGCAAAGACUAGGUCAUAGGAUGGAGACUACUAGGGUUCGAGAGAGGGAUGCGGCGGCCAGGGCAGACAGCAGCUUCCACCGGCGGCAAGGCUUCAGACGGCGGAUUCCAGGUUUCAGCACUCAGUUAUCAGGGCAGGCGGUUGUGGGGAAGAAUAUGUGGGUUGAAAAGCAACAGCCACAAGGCAUGACAGCAACGGAGAAGGAAGCAGUUAAGAGAAUUGAGGAUCGGGAUAUAGUGCAGAGAAUUGAGGAUCGGGAUAUAGUGCAGAGGGUAUUGGGUGCCGAGAAUGAAGGAAAGGGAUUGGGUGCAAAGGAAAAGGUACAGGAAAAGAGUAUGGGUGCAGAUAGAGAACGUAUUAUUACGUUUGAGCCUACAAAGGAAGAAACUCAAUGGCUAGAAGGGGGCAUGGUCGCUGUUUUGAAUUCUUUAAUGUCAGUGACAUGUAUCCAAGAGAGAAUGGAUGUGGAUGGAGGGCUGCUUGCGUUAUUUCCAUUAGGGGGAAGUUCAGUGCUGCUUCUUGAAAAGGUGAAGGGCUACCUUGGUGAGUAUAUGGUGCAGAACAGAGAGUUAUUCGAUACAUGGUUUGAAUCUAUAUUACCAUGGGCGUUAGCGUCGACACGAAGUAGUCGAUUGGUGUGGCUGCGGAUAUCUAGUAUUCCGUUGAAUGCAUGGAUUGAUAGAUGUUUCGAAAUGAUAGGAAGAACGUUCAAGGAGGUGGUGAGGGUGCAUGAGGAUACCAAAUCCAAAGCUGUUUUGAGUGAAGGAAGGGUACUGGUCCUUUGUUCAGCUACACACAGUAUUUCGAAUGUGUUGAAAUUGGAGGUAGUUGGACAGAUACAUGAGAUACAGGUAACGGAGGAGGGAUGGAGAUCAGACCCAGAUUGGUGGGUAUCGGAGGGUGAGCGACGGAGUACGACGGAGACAUCAUCGGAAUAUUCCUCCUCGCAUGUUGAUAGUGAGGAUCAAAGAUUUAUUGAUGACGAGAUUCUCGGCGAAGAUGAAGAUAACAUUGAAUUGGAGUUGUUACAAGAGAAUGGAGUUUUGAAUUCAAAAAGCAAGCAAAUUGAUGGGGAGUCGUUAACGGGUGGAGAUGACGGUCGUAAUGAAAAUGGGUUGAGGAGUGCUAACGGGUUGCUAGAGGAUUAUAGGGGGUUGAAGGACAAUGGGCUUGUGGAUGUUAAUGGGCUUGUGGAAGUUAAUGGGUCAGGAGAAGAAGAUGUAGAAAGCUCUUUUAGUAAGAUGUCCAAGGACUCAAAGCAAAAAGGGGCAUCACGUGAUAAGGUGAGAAAGGCAACAGACUUGUCGGGAAAAAGACAUAGAAAAGUGGCAGAGUGCUAUCCAGAAGAAAUUGCAGAAAUUUGGAAUGAGAAAGCAGAGUGGGUGACGGGACGAACAAAGGAGCGAAGACUGAGGCGCGAGAAAGCUAAACUGGUGCCAAUGGGUGUGAGUAAGCCGGAGCAACAGGGAGAAGAAGAAUCUCUUUCGGAUGGUUGUAUUGCUCAUCGGAAUCAAGUUAUUCAACGGGAGAUUAAUAUGCAAGAGGUAAAGAAAAUGAUGUGCACUGGAAAGAGGCUUGGAAUGCAGUUCGAAGGAGACGGGUACCUGGGGAUAAAAGGGCUGUGGGGGGCGAAAAAGGAGGUAUGCUUUUUUGUGAAUAUUUAUGCUCUGAAUGAUAGGAAGAAAAAAGCUGCAUUAUGGGAUGAGUUGAGGCAGAGGAUUGUUGAGGAGGGUGGGCGGUGGAUGCUUGCAGGGGAUUUCAAUGCUGUUAGGAGUAUGGACGAAAGAAGGGGAAAAACAGGGGAGAGUGCCGAUAUGAAGGAUUUUGAUCUUUUUAUAGAGACGGCACGGCUAGUUGAUAGCAAGUUGAUAAAUCGAAAGUUUACAUGGUACAGACCAGAUGGCACAGCAAUGAGCAGAUUAGACAGGAUAUUGAUGACUGUGGAAAUGAGCAGUAUGGGUGGUGAAUGGGUGCAACAAGGGUUGAAAAGAAAUAUAUCGGACCACUGUGCGAUUGUUUUGAAAACAAGGACAACAGAUUGGGGUCCCAAACUGUUUCGAGUUCUAGAUGCAUGGCAACAUCACCCGGAGUUUAGAAAAGUUGUUGAAGACAAAUGGAAUGAACUGGUGGUGGAUGGAUUUGCAGGUUACAAAUGUCUUCAGAAAUUAAAAAUGUUGAAGCAAUUUCUGAAGAGUUGGAAUCAGGAUGUCUUUGGGGAUCUAGAAUCUCAGUUUCAACAUGCAGCGAGCACUGUAGCAGAACUUGAUAUGAAGAACGAAAAGGUGGCAUUAGAAGAGGAAGAAUUGGAAGAACGACGGCAAGGAUUCCAAGCACUUUGGGAUAUUAUGAGGAAAAAGGAAUCCAUUUGGAAGCAAAAAUCAAGAUCCAAUUGGGCAAAAUGGGGGGAUGCAAAUUCGAGAUACUUCCACCAAAUUGCAAAUGGGAGAAAGGCUCAUAACAACAUUGUUGGCAUUUCGUGUGAUGGCAGGUGGAUUGAAGAGCCAGAGGUGAUAAAGAGAGAGGUGGUUGGGUAUUUUCAAAGGGUAUUUGCCAAUGACUCACGAAAUCGUCCAAAGCCCGUUGGAAUUGGGUUUAGAAGGAUCUCUCAAGAGAUGACAGAAUGGUUAGAAAGACCAUUCUCGACGGAAGAAAUCGAGGAAAGGUUAAAGAGUUGUGAGGGAACAAAAGCACUGGGGCCGGAUGGAUAUAAUUUUAGUUUAAUCAAGUAUGCUUGGGGUUGUAUGAAGGAGGACUUUGUGAGAUUUUUUGAGGAGUUCUACCAGAAUGGCAGAUUGGUCGUAUUUAGAUUGGAUGAUGAGCAGAUUUGGUUUUGGCGGGAAGUGGCAAGGUGGAUCCGAGAAUGCCUUUCAACUGCUCGAGUCUCAGUUCUGGUUAAUGGAAGCCCAACAGAGGAGUUUGUAAUGGGGAAAGGAUUACGGCAGGGGGAUCCGUUAUCUCCGUUUCUUUUUCUCAUGGUGGCUGAGGGUCUGCAUGGACUAGUCAAAAAAGCAGAAGAGGAGGGAUUGUUACAAGGCAUCACGGUGGGUAAUAAUGGCUUAGCUAUUUCUUUUCUACAAUUCGCGGAUGAUACAGUGAUAUUGGGGAAAGCUAAUAGUGAGAGUACUUUUACAGUUAAAACCAUUUUGAGAUGGUUUGAGUUGAUGUCUGGGUUGCGGAUAAAUUAUGGAAAAAGUAGUGUCUUUGGUUUCAACGUGGCUUCUCGGUGGAUUAAAGGGGCAGCAAGUGCUCUCCAUUGUGGUGUUGGGGAAACACCCUUUAUGUAUCUAGGUAUGCCGGUUGGGGGGAAGAGUGGGAGCAAGAAGAUGUGGGAUCCAGUUCUGCAUAAAUUUCAAGCUAAGUUGGCUGUCUGGAAGUCUGCUGUGCUGUCUGCUGGUGGUCGCAUCACUUUACUCAACUCGGUGGUAUGGGAGAGGUAUUAUGGUGGAAGGGAGGAAGUGGAUAUCACAGCAGUGAAUACAGUUAGGGUGUCUAGGCUGUGGAGGGAUGUUCUGAGUAUAGGGUUGCGAUCAGAUGGUUUGAAGAAUAUGCUGGUGAAGGGUUUUAGAUGGGGGGUGGGAGAUGGAAGUAGGGUGGAUUUUUGGAAAGAGGUUUGGGUGGGGGAGAAGACUUUGAGGGAUUUGUGUCCUAGCCUUUUCCAAUUGGCGCUUCAUAAGGAUGGUUUAGUUAGUGAGAUGGGGGUUUGGGAGGAAGGUAGUUGGAAAUGGAGGAUUGGUUAGAGAAGAGGGAGACGGGGAAGAGAGAAGGAUGAGGAGGUGUUGUUGUGGGAGAUCCUGGGUAAAGUUCAACUUAAGGAAGGUGUUAAGGAUUGUUGGCAGUGGGUGCAUGUUCCUGAUGGCAAGUUUAGGGUGAGACACGCGUAUGAGUUCUUGGAAUCUACGAAUUACAUUCUUAAUGAACAAUUAUGUAAAUU